AUGCCGCUGAAGAAACCAGAGUUGAUAAAUAACACAGGAAUUGCCACGGUAUGGACCCCUGAAGAGCAAACUAUUCUGGAUAAUGCCCUUGCUAGAUAUCCAUUGGACUCGUGUGUUUCUUCUUGUCUACGUUACGCAAAAAUCUCGUUAGAGCUUCCAGAAAAGACCACCAAAGACGUCGCUAUGCGUUGUAGAUGGAUCAAAGAAUUGGGAAGAGUCAAAGUUGAGAAUUCAAUCUCGGCUCCUCAUGAUGCGGUCACCAAUGAGCUUCUUAAACAGAACGAGCAACUGUCUGAACAGAUCAAUGCAAAUCUCACAUCCUCAAAGGUCCUAGAUAACCUUCCUCUCUUCAAUCAGAUUUAUGAGAACAUCAUGGAACUUUUCAACAAGUUGGACGAGAAUGUGCCGGACAAGAUGAAGCAGAUGCCACCAUUGCGGGAGAUGUUGAACGAUGAUCUAUUUAAUUUAAUCCUUCCUCAUAUCUACCUAAACCAACAUGAAUGA